AUGUCGAACAACGGCGCGGUAGCAGUGCCGCAGGUGAAAACCAGCCCCUCAACAACAUCCAAAACUCCAUUCCACUUUGCCGCAGGACUUUGCUCUGGGCUCACCUCUUCCAUCCUCCUCCAACCCGCCGAUCUGCUCAAAACUCGAGUCCAGCAAUCCCAGGGUGCCUCCCUCCUUCCAACCCUGAAAGCAAUUAUCUCCUCUCCAAACCCAAUUCGUGGACUAUGGCGUGGUACACUCCCCUCAGCCCUCCGGACAGGCUUCGGGUCCGCCCUCUACUUCACCAGUCUCAACGCACUGCGCCAAGCCGUAGCGCAGACCAACCCAAUGGCCCUGGCCAGUCCCGCAAACUCCGCCAAAUCCUCCUCCGUUCUUCCUAAACUCUCAAAUACAGCAAAUCUAGCCACCGGAGCUGUUGCAAGAGUAGCCGCAGGCUUUGUAAUGAUGCCCGUGACUGUCCUCAAAGUUCGCUAUGAAUCCGACUACUACGCAUACCGGAGUUUACUAGGCGCAGGACGAGAUAUUGUCCGAACGGAAGGUCUACGGGGCCUAUUCGCAGGAUUUGGCGCUACAGCCGCCCGUGACGCCCCAUAUGCAGGCCUCUACGUCCUAUUCUACGAACAACUCAAGCGCCGCUUCUCCGUGAUGGCCAACAAAUCCACCAACAAUGAGACACCAACCACAACGGUGUCCUCCUCCUCAAUCAACUUCGCCUCCGGUGCAGCAGCCGCCGGUAUGGCAACCGCCAUCACCAACCCCUUCGACGCUGUCAAAACCCGCCUGCAGUUAAUGCCAGCCAAAUAUGGCAACAUGGUGCAUGCCACGCGGCUGAUGCUGCAGGAAGAUGGCAUGCGCAGUCUCUUUGGUGGCCUCGGUCUCCGCAUGGCCCGCAAAGCGAUUAGCUCGGCGCUUGCCUGGACCGUCUAUGAGGAGCUUAUCCUGCGCGCUGAGAAGCGUCUGGAGAGGAAUCACAAGAUGGGUCUUUAG